CGUGUAAGUACUGCUCGCGGAACAAGAGUUCGUCGACAAUCCUCCACAAACGUCUGUCACCAUUUUUCGUAAUGCUAAACAGCCGGAGCGUACCCCCCUGGGUCACCCCACCACAAUGGGCCUGCAGCAGCUCCUGAUGAACUACCCAACCCAGAUCAGAUGAAGGUAGUCGUCCUGCCUAGAACAGGGAGUUCAAGAUAAACAAUACCCAUAAGAGCGCUUUUCGUAUGCUUUAAAUUCAAGCGCUGAUUUUGAAGUUGCUGCGCCAGAUAUGAAACAUCAAGAACUCCAAAUAAAAUCAUAGCGCUACAGCUCCUGCGCACAAGCUACAAAAAAGUCCAUCAAUUGAUUAAAGGAUGGGCGAAUUUAAGAAAACCUUGGUGAAACAAUACCCAAGACAAGGAACAGGAUUAACUCCUGAUAACAUCUAUUGGAAAAACUUCAAGUUUCCAAUCACAGUUCAGGAGUUCGGCUGUGCUGAUUUCGUCCAUUUCUCGUCGGAUGGGGACUAUUUUGCCGUGACUGCAUCAGCACGGGUCAAGGUUUACACAUGCAUCAACAAUGAGAUAUCCAAGGGGCUGAGCAAGUUUUCCAAGACGGCGUUCGGCGGACGAUUCCGGAAGGAUGGCCGUCUGCUCUGUGCCGGCAGUGAAGACACGAACGUUCGAGUGUUCGAUGUCAACAACAAACAUCUACUGCGGGAGUUCAAAGGACACGACAGGCCGGUGCACCGGUGCGACUUCACUGCCGACGGGUUCCGAGUGGCCAGUUUCUCCGACGACCGCACCGUGGCGCUGUGGGAUGUCGGCGGCGAGGCGCGCCUGCACGCGCUCGAGGGACACACCGACUAUGUUCGCGCGGGCGCGUGCAGCCCGGCCUCGGCUGACGUGGUAGUCUCUGGCGGCUACGACCACGCCGUGCGCGUGUGGGACGCGCGCACAGCCACCUGCACGGAGAAGAUGGACCACGGCGGCCCGGUGGAGGCCGUCCUGGUGCUGCCCACCGGCGGGUUGGUGGUGUCGGCAGGCGGUACCGAGGUGCGUGUCUGGGACCUGCUGGCCGGCGGUCGACUGCUGACCCGGCUCUGUCACCACACUAAGACGGUCACCUGCCUGACGGUGUGCUCAGAGGGACGCCGCCUCGUCACCGGGUCACUGGACAGGCGGCUGAAGAUAAUCGACACGGCCUCCUAUCAGCCGGUGCACACGCUAGAGUACCCCUCGCCCAUACUCAGCGUCGGUAUUGCGCCGGACGACUCUAAGAUUGUGGUGGGGAUGUCGGACGGCCUAGUGUCCAUCCAGGACCGAAAGCCGGAGCCGGAGGGGGAGACGGCCGAGCGGCGGCCGGCGCGGCGGGCCUUCCGACACAAGACGGACACGGUCAGCCAGCCGGUGCGAUCGGAAGAGGACGAGAAGGCGUCGGCGGCGCCGAUCCGUCAGCAGCUGGACAACUACGACCGCCACCUGCGGCGCUUCGAGUUCUCGCGCGCCCUCGACGCCGUCAUGGAGCGCCAGGUGACGCGCAAGCAGCCCGAGCGCGCCGUGGCCGUGAUGCAGGAGCUGCUGCGGCGCGGUGCGCUCUCGGCGGCUGUGGCCGGUCGGCCCGCCCUCUCCGUCCGCAAGCUGUGCACCUUUGUCGGGAAGCACCUGUCGCAGCCGCGCUUCUCUCUGACUCUGCUGGACGCCGCCGAGGUGAUAGUCGAGGCGUACAGUGACCGCGUGGGCCGCGGCGACCCCGACCUCGACCUGGCGCUGGACGGGCUCCGCGCGGCCGUGGAGAAACACUCAGAGUACCUGGAGAGCCUGUACGCGCUGCAGGGCGGCCUGGACAUGCUGCUGGCGGCCGCCGCGGCCGGAGACGGGAAGAAACUGGCCGAGAUACCGGCGGUAGAGAGCUCAGAGAAAAUGGAGGUGGAGACCGUCACGGCAAGUUGACGGGGGUGUGGCGACUGGUGGGGACAGACGGCGGGGAGGGUUGUAGGUGGUUUUGAGGUGGGGACGGGGAUAGGAGGGGUUGUUACAUGACGCCAGACAGACUGUGGUAUGGUUGAUAUUUUAGAAGUGUGAGUGGUUGAAAUCUGUAUAGCUGAGACGUGUGUGACUGCCGACUUCGACCGGUAUUUGACGUGUAUUUUGUGUGAGAUCUAAACGAACACAGAUUGAAGGGCGUUUGCGUGGAUGAACAACUUGAAGUGUUGGUCAUGUUUUCAUUGUUUGCCAUCAACUCCUGCCUGCGUCAUUUCAAGCUCAAGUCGUUGAAGAACCGAUUCAAUAAAAUGAAACAUGAUCGCUAAA